AUGGAACACAAGAUUAGUACAACUUCCACAUCAUACAAACUUGAGCGUAAAUGGAGCCUGGUUAAUGCCUUGGCAAAGGAAUUGGCUGAUAUAGGAGAUGAAAUUAAUGGAAGAUUUUCGUAUCCUCUUGAUAGUCUAUCCUAUUCAAACGAAUUGGCCGUGAUGAAAACAUUUUCAAAUUCACCUGGGACAUUCCAACAUUCUGAUUAUCUGAGUUGUAAAAUUGGAUUCAAUUCAAAAGGUGAAGCUAUUCGUUUAUUUUACUAUGCUACACCUGUACUGGUUAUAGCCUACUUGUUCUAUCGAAGAAUCAGUUAA